UAUGACACAUGACACAUAGUAUAAAAACUUGUUGUUUUAUACCUUGCUAUAACGUAGCAGUAACACAACUAACAUCAAAAACCGUGAUUUGAAAUUUUUCUUAUUCGCACUAUACUGAUAAUAUUUUCGAGUAAAAAUUGCCACCUUUAUGGUCACGUGAGUCCCUCGAUUUUCUGUCUUCUGCUCCAGUAUCAGAGAAUAGCAGCGCCCUUCAUUUUCGGAAUCUCGGCUUACAAGAAUCACACUUUUCUUUAUGAGUUGACAGUAGCACCACUCAGUUUUUUUAAAAUUUUUGCUGACUAGUGUUGAGGGUAUUCUGUUAGUUAUUUCUAAAGUGUUCUGGACUUUUAUAACCAGUGGACCAAAGUCAUUUGUACGUCGUGCCCAACAAGCUUUUCUAAACACAACAUUCUUCCUAUACAAGUGGAAUUGAGUUUAUCGUUGGAUCGGCUCAAGUGAAAUAAAACCAUGGAGAAUAAUACUGGCAAUCCGUCGAAGCGCAUCAAGCUCGGUAAAACUAGCCUCAACAUUCCAGAGGUUACAUAUCGUUGGACGAUAGAAAACUUCGUCAAUUCGAAGCCAUUUCUGAAGGACAAUAAGGACAUUCUUUCGCCCAUAUUCGACGCGUACAACAACAACGAGAGGGUCGAGUUGCAGCUGAAAUUGCGCGUCUCCAACAAAGCCUGGCAUUUUCGUUGUACCAAUGUCGGAAGAUACGGAGGUCACGCGAAAGUUUGGGUGAAAUAUUCCGUUGUAAACAGCUCGAACGAAGAAAUUUAUGUAGCAGGAAUGGGUGGCUCGCUCAUAAGUGAAAAUGUCUACCUUUCCUAUUGCUUGGCAGAUCUGGACGAGCUUUACAACGAAAAUGUCUUAGUCAAUGGGAACCUCGUAACCGUAUGCAAGAUAUACUUUGACAACGGCCAAGAUUACACUCAGUCGGAGCCUGAUCUAAUGACCCCAUUUAUCGGGGAAAAGUCGUUGAUGCAGGACGAUUUGGAAAAUCUGUUAAAACUGAAGAAAUUCAGCAACGUCAACAUCAUCGUUGGAAACAAAAAGUUUCGCGCUCACAAGAAUAUUUUGUCUGUUAGAAGUCCCGUCUUCUCGGCCAUGUUCGAGGCCAACAUGAGAGAGAGCAUAGAGAAUGUCGUCGAAGUCAAUGACAGUAGUCCGGAAAUUAUGAACGAGUUAUUGCGGUUCAUUUACACGGACAGGGUAAACCUCGAGGCGGUGCCGAUAAUGGAUCUUUUGACAGCAGCUGAUAAGUACCAGGUCGAGGGCUUGAGGGUCAAAUGCCUCGAGUCAAUUAUGGCCAAACUCAGUACUGAAAACUUAGCCGAGGUACUCGACAUCGUCGAUCGCUACGAGAUUCCCGAGCUGUACAGGUAUGCAGUGAAUUUUCUGAUUACUAAAAGACAAGAGAUCGUCACGAAGAACGAUUGGGAUGACACAAUAGCGUCACUCUCGCCAAGAAUGCUCAAGGAGCUGACUGCCAUGCUGAUAAAGAAAUUUUGAAAAUCAACAUUGUAUGUACAUCCGUUGCUUUAAAAAAAUAAUUUGACUUCUUUAUAGCUUUUCAUUUGACACUUUCAAUACGUAUGUAAUCAUUUUUGUUGGCAUCAAGAUUGCCAAAGCGAGGAAAUCAAUUUGCACAUAGGGUAUUGCUAAUUAUACAUAUAGCAGCUUUAUUUCGAAAAUUUAUCGAAUUGAAUAACUACGUGUAUAAUAUAUCGUUAUUCGUAACGAUUGAAAUCUUUUUUUACAUUUAUCGUUUUCUCUUUUGUUUUUUACCUGCAUAGAUGAACAGAUAUUUUUUUAAUGUUAUAAUGAAAUGAUUUUAUAUCAUACUUUUGAUUGUUAAAGAUUUAAGUCUUCAGCAUUAGAGAUCUAGUAAUUCAAAGCUUCAUAUAUUAUCAUGACAUUUCUUAAUAAAAUAUUUAUUAGGAAUACAUGAAAGUUUUGUAUAACAAUAACCGAAAUCUAAUAAGUUAUGAUUCCAUGAAAAAUAAAGUUCUAAUAUAAUAAAUAAA